AUGGGAUGGGAUGGUUGUGCAGCAAUUAGCCUCUCAUUCCAUCGUAAGCAAAAAGCCAAUCAGCAAUGCCAUCUUCUUCCCUCCCCUCUCAAAGCAGGCUUAGACCAGCCUAUUCCAACUGACUGCCAUGUGUCACCCAUCGAUCCAUCCGUCCAACUACUAUUUAUUCAUUCAGUCCUUUGUCCAGUAGCUCAGACCCCUGAGAAUUUCUCGACGGUGUUUACGAAUUACAUUUCAAUGAUGUCCAUUGUAGAUGCUAAUAAAGUAUUUCUUUUCGCAGAUCCUGUGAACGGCACUGGGGGUGUUACUGUGAUCUCGCUUGUCUAUUUUUUACCGCAUUAUCGUGAUUGA